GCUUUUGCUUUUAAUAAAUCCUAAAUCUAAUGCCACUUUAUAACACCAGAUUUAUUCAUUAUAUUUAUUUAUUUUUUUUUGUCAAAAAUUAUUAUAUCCUACUUAAACAAUGUUUCUGACCAAUUUGUUUCCGUAUUCAAAGAAUGAAUUAUUUAUGCUAGCUAAAUUCAUAAGUUAUUUCCAAUAGUUUUCUUGAAAAGAGGAUUCGUUCCCAAUAGUUAUAAGAUUUUUUUUUAAACAACUUGAUUAAGAAAUCAUAUAGGUCAUAACAAAAUAAUAGUUUACCAAAAGGUAAAAUAAUAUGACUUCCAAACAAAUAUUUCUACCGGAAAUUUAUUUUAAAAUUUUGAUAAGACAUCUUUUUUUAUCGGAAACUAUAAGGUCUAUUGUGAAAAUAGUAAAAUGAAAAGGAUAAAUCUCUACUAAAUUUUGCUUUGCCUCUUCAAAGAGGCAAGGUUGCCACAUGGAACGUUUGACAUCAUUCUGAAUAUCUGAUUCCUGAACUUUGCAUGUUUCUUCUGGCAUGAGUAUUAAUUUUUUCUUUUUUUUUGUGAGUAUUCCUAUGGAUUCCAACUGAUUUGUAAAUUUUUGGAAUAAAACUGUAUGGAAUGACUUAUUCCUAUGGAUUCCAACGGUUGUUUUAUCCAAUUAUCCUAACAUAGUAACAUAUAUUCAUGAUUAAUCUUGCUUUUGCUUUUGUUGUUCUAGGGUCAAUGUAAAUUUUUUUUUUUUGAUCAAAGGGUCAAUGUAAAUUUAUUUACACUUUUCUUUCAGAAAUAGAGUGAGUGCUUCGUUACUUAUAAGAGAAGUUUGAUUACUUUUUCCCAAAGGAAAAAUAUACAGUCAAAUUUACUAAAAGUAAUGACAAAUUAACUAUUUUUUGGAAGGACAAGUUGUGUUCUCUAUUAGGCCUACACGUUAUGCAUGCAUGCAUGCGUUACUCAUUUUCUUUACCGCAGAGCACGUAUUAUCUUCCAACUUCCAAUACAAUUAGUCGUUAGUAAAACGUGUCCAAUGAACCUUUAUUUCUUUGGGGUCCAAGUUCAGUUUCACUUUUGAGUUGUCAAAAACUUACAGUUAUAUUUUCUUUUGUUCUAAUUUUAUAAUAGUUUUCCAAUUUAAUCAUCAAGAUCAGUUUGUUAUUAUAAAUAAAAACACACCCAAAAAAGGAACCAAUAAUAUUAAUACUUAUAUUAAAAAUGGAGAACAAAGGGAAGAACAUCGAACAAGCUCAAGAAAGUUGUUAUCAACAGUGGAUGAGUUUACAAUCCAAACGCGUGCCUGAGCUUAAACAAGCAUUAGCUCAACGGCGCACUCACGAAGGCACCGCCAACUCUGCAGCCGAUGAUAACGAGCUCCGUGAAUUAACACAAAAUAUCAUUGGAGAUUUCAAAAGUUACGCUGGAAAAAGAGCUGAUUUGUCUCACCGAUGUAGCUCGAACUAUUAUGCGCCGUCAUGGAACACUCCUUUAGAGAACGCCCUUCUUUGGAUGGGUGGUUGUAGACCUUCUUCUUUCUUUAGGCUCGUUUAUGCUUUGUGUGGGUCCCAAACUGAGAUUCGUGUUACUCAGUUUCUCCGUAACAUCGACGGCUACGAUUAUUUAGGUAGUGGUGGCGCAUCACUUAGUGAUCUAACGGCAGAGCAACUAGCAAAGAUCAACGUGUUGCAUGUAAAAAUCAUAGACGAAGAAGAGAAGAUGACAAAGAAAGUUUCGAGCCUGCAAGAAGACGCGGCGGAUAUCCCCAUCUCCACUGUGGCUUACUCUGAGGAGCACGUUGGAGAGCCUAACGCAAUGGUGGAUCAAGCUCUCGACAAGCAAGAAGAAGCUAUGGCCACUUUAUUGGCCGAGGCCGAUAAUCUAAGGGUGGAUACUUUAACCAAGAUCAUAGAGAUUCUGACGCCAGUGCAAGCGGGGGAUUUUUUGAUGGCCGGAAAAAAGCAUCAUCUUUCAAUGCAUCAGUGGGGAGCGUUAAGAGACCGGCGCCGUCGUGAAUGCAUAAUUGACGCUGGUAAUGAUGCCGGAGGAGAGGAGGAGAAGUAGUCGUUUCCACAGUAGAUAUGGUACUAUAUUAUAGAGUGACAGUACUAUUCGAUGCAUGUACAACUGUGAGUAAGGGCACACUGGACGACAGGUAGUUAGAGAAAUUGAUAUUGGUGUGUUAACCUGGCAGCAAUAUGUUGUCUCUGGACAAGUCAGCUAGGAUAAGAUUCCAUUAUCUUUUUAUAUUCUAAAUAGAUUUCUUCUUUAAAUUUUAUUGUGUCUUAGGAAAUAUAAUCCAUAAUAAAAAGAAAAAAAGUGUGUUAGGAGAUGUAAGGCAGAAAGAAAAUUGUUGGAGAGUGAUGCGAUAUACGGAUUAACGACCUUCGAACGCGGGAAACAUGUCACUCAUGACACUUGGUAUCGUGACACACACUUUCGUAUUUUUUUGGUAAAACCUUGAAAUACAAGAUUUUAAAUGAGAGAUAGCAUUUUGUUAUCCGAAAAUGAUUUUA